AAUCUUUUGUUUAUGACGGUGAUUGAUGGAGGGCUUGGACAAGCAAGGACGUAAGCAAGUGGCUCAGACGUCCGUUGCGGCACUCUGUCUAGAGACUGGAGCCACGAGUGUCGAGAAAGGAGCUCUCGACGCUCUGUGUCAACUGCUAGAGUCGUAUAUCGACCAGGUGGGGCGCAGGGCGAGGGACUACUGCGAGGUCGCCUCGCGCACCGCUCCUACUUACACUGACGUAGAGCUGGCUCUGGUGGACGUCGGUACAGACCCAGCCUCUCUGUCGGAGUACUCCAAGAGACCCCAGAGGAGACACUUGCCAAAACGUAUGCAAUCCCAUUCACACCUAACCUACACAAUUGUUGAACCUCACACAUGCUCACAUAAUUAUGCACACAGACACACCAGUAACUGUAAGUCUCACUCCUACGUUUGCCUAAUGCACCCCAGGGGCUACUACAUGGCCCUUUGUUAUUUUGCGGCCUGUUAAGUUUUGUCCCGAAAGAACUACCGUGGACCUUGUUAAAAUUCCUAGUGAUGGUAGUUUGCCUCUCCUUCAAUCCUCUAGUACAAUGCCCCUACAAUCCACCCUUCCUUUUGAGAGACCCAGUGUGUAUGAACCACGUUGCAGUCGCGAGGUACUCUAACACCAAUACAAUUGGCUAGUGGUAGUAAAACGUUUUCGAAUGUACCAUAGAGUUUAUAUUAUGUCAUGUCGGCUUUUAUCUUUUCCCAACCGCCUUUUCCGCAUCAUUAUUUAUUCACAAUGACUUACAUAUCAUCCGUGCGCAGUGAGUGAAAGAGGUUCCACAGGAUGUAUUUGUCAACACUUGUUAUAUUACCUGCUGUUAGUUAAAGAUAUUACACUCACUGUAUGUAUUUGUUAUAUUACCUGCUGUUAGUUAAAGAUAUUACACUCACUGUAUGUAUUUGUUAUAUUACCUGCUGUUAGU